CUCCCUUCCACUCCCAUUGAUGAGCCACCUUAUGCAGGGUGUCUGUGCGCAUCGGACAUGUAGAUGGAUCAACCAGUGAGUCCACGUCAUCGCGGCGAUGAGUCUGCACUACUGAUCGAAAUCGAUAUCCUCCUUUUCUUCUCCGUCGACCCCUCAGUCAGGCUCUGGCAGCCCGCCAGCAGCUGAUCAAGCGUCACCUCCUGGUCAGAUCUCAGCUUGCCAGAGACUUUUUCAAUCUCGAAGAUGCGCCAUGCCACGGCAGCGCAGAUGGGAAGGAGGUAGGCCAAGCACUCGAUGUCCUCCUCGAUGAAGGGCACGUUGGGGAUGCGGUCGGCGUCGAGCGAGAGGGAGGAGGGGGGCGAACGGGCCGUGGGGUAGGACGACUGCGUCUUGUCUAUCAGCUGAAUCACACCAACAAGGCGGGUCUGCAGCUCAUGCGGGGAAGAGACAUGAUGCAUGCAUCAUUGCAUGACGUCUCUCGCCUUUUCCCCUUCGAACGUACCCGCUGGAUCUUGCCCUGGCUAAUGAGCAUGUAUCUGGGCUGUCCCGUCUCCGCUGACUUGUCGCCUUUGUCCUUGCCCUUAUCCCCCUCCCUCCCACUCUUGUCGUCCCCCGCAUCCUUCCUCCCGUUGUGCUGCUGUCGCUGCUGCUGCGCGUGCGACCUCAUAUCCUCAAACAACAUCGGCCCCAGCAGCAUGUUGCCGUCGCGAUGACGGCUGGACUUGCCCCUCCUGGCCACCCCAUCCACAGUGGGGUCCAGGUAGGGAUCGAGAGUGAGGUCACUCGACAGAAUGAUCUCUCUCCGCUUGACAGCCUGACCGAUCAGUCCCCUGUCUGCGGCCAGCCGUGGCGGCCGCCUCCGUGCCGGCAGGUUGGUGGACGCAUCGAGCAUGGGGUCGAUGUCGAAGAAGGAGAGCCGCUGCUUGUUGACGGCUGAUGGGAGGAGGGCUGAGUAGUGCUGGGCGGGUGACAGGAGGAGACAGUUCUCCCUGUCAUACCAGAACAGGACGCGCACACGCUUGACGCGAAAGAACGUCACGAAGGUCCGCUUGAUCUGCAUGUUUCGGGGAGGAAUCCAGCCAUGUGCAUGAAAGGAGACAUGGCUCGUGCAUCAGCCAUCCUUACGGUCUCUUCCAAGUCGGCCAGUGUGGUGGAUGCCUCGAGGAGGGCCGCGAGCUCCAGGCACUCAGCCAGCCUCUUUCGUGACUGUUCAAGCACUGUCUUCUGCACGAGGCGGCUGAGGCAGUUGCUCAUGAGGGUCCCCUGCAUCUCCAGCACACCCAGGUCAGACCGGCUGAAGGGAGCCUGCUGCAAUCACCAGGGACAGAAAUGAAAUGUGUGUAUGCAAAUGUGUAACAUUCCGCCAUCCUCGCCUCACGUGUCCGGUGGGUGAUGAUGCAGAGAAACGAGAAGAUGAUUGUCUGCUCAGCUGCCCCUUCAUCGGACUGCUGUCUGAGAAGAAGGCACGCAGGAGCAUGCCAGCCAACGGAUGAUAUCAGACCAGAAUAGGGUGUCUUCUUGUCUGACCCUUGUCGACGCCUCCCCCUCCUCCCCCCGGGCCCAUGGUCAUCAUGCGAUUCAGCGACUUCCAAGGCAGGGGCGACGAGGGAGUGGCAAUUACCUGCAGCACCGCCAGAAGACCCUUCGCCGGAGGAGGAGCCCCAACAUUGAGGAGGCCCUUCUUGCGCUUCUUCCCAGUCAGCUUGAGCCGCAACUCCUGCUUGCCCUUGCCCGAAGGGUGGUCACCUUUCAUGUGCCGAACGACCAAAGGGAUGGCCAUCACGUUACCGCGCACAUAGGGGAGGGAUGCGGAGAGGUCGGAGAAGCGCGGUUCGAUGACUGAGUGCCCCAGGACGGCCGACUGCUUCUCCCGCUCCUUGUCGAGGUCGCUGACGAUCCGGUAGACCUGCAGCGGGAGCUUGCCGUCCUGCCCGUCCAUGUAGUAGACGACAUCAUGACCGGCCGUCCGAUGGGGCUCCACGGCGCACCGCAGCUUGUCGUGGAUAAGAUACAGCGUGCCUUCGACAGAGCUGCGGCCCAUGAUGCUCCCGACAGACUCCAGAAUGGUCUGGAACGCGUCUUUGAAGGACUGCGACCGAUUCAGGGCCUGGCCGAACUGCGUCGUCCUCUGCAGAAUCAUCUCGCUGAGGGCCCCACCCGUCCCGCCUCUCUCGGUUUGUCCACCCGACUCCUGCCGCCGCAGCACCGAUCCCUGCCGCCUGAAUGCGAUGGUACUCUGGUGCCUCAGCUGCGGCUCAGACCUGCUGAUGGUGAGGGAAAGUUUCUCAGGGGUGGGUGAGGAGGGGCUCUCGUCCUCCGACAUAGUGCGGCCUCCUGUGGGAGAGGGGGGAGGGCUGAGGCGCUGACUGGUGGCACUCCUGACCGUGGUGAGGUUGGUCGCCGAUCCGGGCGAUGCGUCCUCUGCCUCCUGCUCCUUCAGGUCGCCGCUGAUGGGGAAGAUGUCUGGUGCGCUGAACUUGACAUGCAACGACGGCUCUUCCCUUUUGGGCAGCUCGAGAGACAGCCAUGGCAGGGAGCUGGAUAAGGGGAUGUCUCCGGGGGGAUUGGGGGCCUUGGACGGGACAGACGCCGGGGCGUCGACAGGCAGCAGCUGGGCCACGUGGCGAGAGUGACCUGCGGAAACACCGAUGUCACGACACACGUGAUGUCGUCGUAAACAGGUACAGGAUUGUAUGUUGCUCACGUUUGAUGGCGUCGAAGACUCGCUGGAGCUCUUCCGGAUCAUCUAACUUGGCCCUCUUGAUGAUGCCUGCAAAAUGGAAAGCAAUCCUUGUCCGCGGUAGACGUGGUCAGUAGCCGUCUGCGCUGCCUACCUUUGAGAGCGGCGGACUCGACUUUGUGUUUGCGGACCUGGCCGGACAGUAGCUGCAGCUUCUUGGUCAACUCACGAACCGCCUGUCUCAUUUCCCCCACAUCGCUUGCUUUGAUCCGCUCGUCGAUGUCCUCCAUGAGGCUCGACGACGGCAGUGCAUCCCCUUUCUGCUCUUCCUCCCGCUCUGUCUCGGUGUCUUGCUGCAGCUGCAGCUUGGCCUCCCAGUCCUUGAGCCGUCGGUGUUGUGACGGGACCUUUCGUCGGGGUCGAGAUCGUUUGCGCGAGACAGGUGAUCUGCGGGUCAGCUUCUCGAUUCUGAGAGAACGGGAGAAGGUGUCGACUAUGUGAGGCGUGGUGUCUCUUGGUUGCGUGCCUUUCGUGUUGCGCCUUGAUGAUUUGCAUCAGUUCUUGUACCAGCCCCUCCUCCUCGGUGACCGGCUCCAGUGGUGGCUCGAUUGCGCCCUCCUCCGGACCCUCAGCUUGCACUGUUGCUUGACUCCUCUGCUUGCUCUCGCCUCCUUCUGCACCCUUGGCAUCGCUCUUCCUGAGUGUCGUCACCCGCACCACCUCCGCCAAAUUAUCUGAGCGAGGCGUCUCACGCUUGGCUGCCCGGGCCGAUCUGGGCGGACUAUCCCGCUUUGGACUCUUCUCAACCAGCGGCAUGCCUGCUUGGUCUUUGAACAGAACGCCAUCCUCUUUGCUGUGCGGGGUCUUCUGUGGUUGCUCAUAUGCUUGGGGUGAGAUUUGCCUGAGGGUCGGCAGGGGCUUUGGCACUCCACGGCGUGCCGAAGAGGGUGCCUCAGGGGACGGUGUGCGGCUGCGGGCAUGGUCAAGUGGACCACCAAACACCAACUCCUUCCCGACGACUGCACAAAACCAUCACGCUGCAUUGCACAUGAAGUGUUCUCCUCCUUCUCAUGGCUUACGCGAGAAGUUUCGUGAUGUUUUCUUGCGUAACGACAUUGCUGAUCGGGACAUAGCGAGGAGGAAGGGGAAAGGGGGAGAGGGAAA